AUGGCGCCUUCAAAGACUGAGGACUUCGCUGAAAUCUCCACCUACCAACCAUCCAUGCCCGUCAAACCCAUACAUCAAGAAGGAUGUCUGAUGCACAGAUCUCUCGUCCAACAUCCUUACAUGGUCGAGUCUGCUUAUGGCGUUGAACUCAAAUUAUCAACUGGCCAAACAAUCAUCGACGGUUGUGCCGGCGCGGCAGUUGCCCUCAUCGGCCACGGCAACGAAGAGGUCAUCGAAGCCAUCACCGACCAAGCUCGCAAAGUCAGCUACGUUCACACACAAUCCUACACAACAGCACCAGCUGAAGAGCUCGCCAAUGUUAUACUGGAGGGUAAUCCCUAUGGUCUUGAGAAAGCCUUCUUUGUCGGCAGUGGCAGUGAAGCUGUUGAGUCUGCUCUGAAACUAGCUCGUCAGUAUCAUUAUGAGAUGGGAGAGCUUGAUAAAGUGCAUAUCGUGUCUAGACGUCAGUGCUAUCAUGGAAACACGAUGGCUACCAUGUCUAUUUCGACGAACAAAGCGCGCCGAGCUCCGUAUCAGGGCUUUUUAUACCCUCAUGUCUCUCACGUCUCACCUGCUUUUGCUUAUCACUACAAAGGCGACUCUGAGACUGAGGAGCAAUUCACGGCCAGACUUCUUGUCGAGCUUGAGGAAGAGUUUCUACGAAUUGGUCCCAAGAACGUCGCCGCCUUUAUCGCGGAAACAGUCGUUGGAGCGACGACAGGUUGUGUUGCUGCCCCGGGUGGUUACUUCAAGGGCGUAAGAGCUAUAUGCGAUAAGUACGGCGUGAUCAUGAUUUUGGAUGAGAUCAUGUGCGGCGUUGGUCGAACAGGCACGUUUUUCGCUUUUGAGCAGGAGGGCGUAGUACCUGACAUCACCACCAUCGCGAAAGGUCUUGGUGGUGGUUAUGCUGCUAUUGCUGGUGUUCUCAUUCACAAAAAGGUCGUUGAUGUCCUCAGACAAGGCUCGGCGGCCUUCAACCACGGACAUACGUAUCAAGCUCAUCCUAUCUCAUGCGCUGCGGCAUUAGCGGUGCAGAGAGUCCUGAGACGCGAGAACUUGGUUGAGCGAUGUCGUCAGAUGGGCCUUGUUUUGGAGAGGUUACUUCGACAUGAGCUGAAGGAUUGCAAGUCGGUUGGUGAUAUCCGAGGUCGAGGCCUUUUCUGGGGCGUUGAGUUCCUCAAGGAUGUGACGUCCAAGAAGCCUUUUGACCCUUCGGCUAAGUUUGGUUUGUUGGUGCAGCAGAUUGCUUUUGAGAAGGGUGUUGCAUUGUAUCCGGGCGGUGCUACGAUUGAUGGUGUUAAUGGUGAUCAUAUUCUCCUUGCGCCGCCGUUUACAAUUACUGAAGAGCAGUUGGCAACUAUUUGUCGGGUGUUGAAGGAGGCAGUGGUGGAAGCCGAGACAAUGAUGCUCUCUCUAUAG